AGAGAUUCGUGAGAGGAUCAUUUACUGGGUAAAGGUUGCGUAAUUAUUCAGUUUGCGUGAUCUAUAAUUAACUGGCGCGAUAUUGUGAUCCAGGAAUCGUUGUUGGCUAAUUAGGUUGUUUUGUUAUGCAUAAUUGAGAGAUGGUGGUCAAAAGGAAGUUAAGUUGUGGCUCUAAUGGUUUUGAUUUCCCAAAUAUUCCCAAGGCUCCUCGUUCAAGCAGGAGGAAGGUAUCAGAUAAAAGAGCUGAUGAUGAUAGUCAGAUCUGUGCUAUUGAUUUGCUCGCUUCUCUUGCUGGAAAGUUGCUGGAAGAAAGUGAAAGUUCCUCAACGUCUACCUAUGCAUUUGAAGGUGAUAAUCUUGAUCAUUUGGGUGGAGUGAUUAAGCAAGAACUUGAAGAUGGCUAUACUAAGCCUUGUAAAUCUGAGUUUUUCGAUCAAGGAAACCUCACUUCGAAGUCGACUAGUGAAAAUACUAGCGUGACUUGUUUGCCAUUUUCGUCUUUGGAAAAUGAUUGCAUUUUGGAGCAAACACCGGUUUCUGAUUGUAAGACGGCGUAUGGUUUGAAGUCCCUGGUAGGGGAGGAGACAUGUGUUGUUAAUGAGGAUGCCGGGUCUGAACAAGGAGAAGCAACUGGUGCCUUCAAGGAUCCAAGUCAAUUACAUUUGCAGUCUCCAGAAUCGGUCCAUCUGGAUGGAGAUGUAAAAUUGCCACCAUGCACGGAUCAACUCCCUAAUGAUUCUUUUGAAGGAUAUGGGAAUCAUUCUAAGUUAGUUUGCAGAGAUGAUGACGAAAACUAUUGUAAGUAUUAUAAAUUUAGUGACAAAUGUAAGUCAUAUAGGCCUCCCUUCCGGGUUGGAAAUAGAAGAAUAAUGCAGUCGGUGAUGACAAAAUACGGCGGGAGAGCAAUCUCAAAGUUGAAGUGUUUUGAAGACACUAGAACAGAUGGUCGUUUGAAGGCUCUGUACCGCAAGAGAAAAUUAUGUUAUGGUUACAACCCAUGGAAGCGUGAGACCGUUCAUACGAAGAGAAGAUUGUCUGCCAAAGGGUUGGUCGUUAAUUAUGAUGGAGGGCUCAGUAGUGAAAGUGUUUCCAAUUCACCUGAAAAGGGAGAAUCAGAAAAUGGUGAUUUCUCUGCUGCAAAAAUAGGUCUUCUUUCGAAGGACUCCCGUGUAAAGUUCAGCAUCAAGUCCCUUAGGAUUCCGGAGCUUGUUGUUGAAGUUCCAGAGACAGCAACAGUAGGCUUAUUGAAGAGGACAGUGAAGGAGGCUGUUACUGCUUUACUCGGUGGUGGAAUACGUAUUGGGGUGUUAGUCCAAGGGAAGAAGGUUAGAGAUGACAACAACACACUAUCACAGACUGGUCUUUCGUGUAGAGAAAAUCUUGGCAACCUUGGCUUCACAUUGGAGCCUGGUCUGGAAACACUGCCUGUACCUCUUUGUUCUGAAACUCCUGUCGUUUCUGUGCCAACUGAUUCUACAAAGUUGUCAGAAAGGUCCGCAGCUUCUCCCUCGUUAGAUACUAGAAUUCCUAUCCCUAUCCAAGAUGAAGAUCCCCUGAUUAAUUUGGGAAAUAGUGUGGAGAACAAUCAUGAAUUAGUCCCACAUCCGAGUGACAUAUCAGCAGCUGAUGAAAAACCUUCAUCAGAUUCAAAAGCGCUGGUUCUAGUUUCGGCCUUGGAAUCCGAGGCUCUUGCACUUGUUCCAGUUAACGAGAAACCUAAGCGUACAGAGCUUUCACAGCGCAGAACCAGGAGACCAUUCUCUGUUACAGAGGUAGAAGCUCUAGUACGAGCAGUUGAAGAAGUUGGGACUGGAAGAUGGCGUGAUGUGAAGUUGCGUUCUUUUGAAAAUGCAAGUCAUCGAACCUAUGUGGACUUGAAGGACAAAUGGAAAACGUUGGUUCACACAGCAAGUAUAUCACCACAGCAGCGAAGAGGAGAACCAGUGCCUCAAGAUCUGCUAGACAGAGUCUUAGGAGCACAUAGGUUUUGGUCACAGCACCAAAUGAAACAGAACGGGAAACAUCAGGUGGCUACAAGUACAACAAUGGUGGUUGAAUCAGGUUCGUCCGUGUAAAGAAGGAGAAUGUUAAUAACAGUAACUUUCACUU